CAAAAGGGGGGAGAGUGCUCUCCGUUUUAAAUGACCGCUUUAUACAGUUUGAAGAAAAAAAAUAUUUUUUUUUCCACUAUUUUUGUCGCUAGUCAACCUGUAUACAAAUGUCCAGCACAGUAAGUCAUUCAUUGCAUACAAGACCUAAAAGAAGGGUUUUCUCAAUUGUAAAGUCAGGAAGAACAAGCUGCCUUGAUGAAGCAACCCGAGUGGUACAUCAAGGCUCAGGAUUACUGGAACGGUGUGACACCCACGGUCGAUGGCAUGUUGGGAGGUUUUUCUGUGGUUGAUCCUGUGGAUGUCAAGGGUUCACUUAAGUUUAUUGAUGAAUUUAUUCAUGGACCUCAAGCGGUGUUGACGGAUGGGUAUGCGUGUGAUUGUGGAGCCGGGAUUGGCAGAGUCACCAAAAACUUUUUACUCCAAGUGCCGUUCCAAAAGGUAGACCUUGUAGAGCAAGCGCAAGUCUUUUGUGAACAGGCUGAAAAGGAAUAUUUGGUAGAGGAGAUCAAAGAGGGUAAGGUGGGACAAGUGAUCUGUCAAGGCUUACAGGAUUUUCAACCACAGAAAGGCAAAUAUGAUUUAAUUUGGUGCCAAUGGGUUUUAGGCCAUUUGACCGACGACCACUUGGUGGCGUUCUUUAAGCGUUGUGCAGAAGGAUUAAAAGAAAAUGGCUUGAUUGGUGUCAAGGAGAAUAAUGCAUCUGGUCAAGCCCUUGUGGAUGAUGAGGAUAGUAGUAUCACACGACCCAACGAUGAACUGAAACGUUUAUUCAAAAAAGCCGGAUUAACUUUAAUCAAGGAAGAUUUACAACGUGGAUUACCCCAAGGUUUAUUUCCUGUUAGAAUGUACAUGCUUAAAAAAUAAAAAAAUUUAUUUCAUCUUUAUGGUGGUAGCAGCACUAGAACUACUACUUCCAUCUGAUGAUCGAAUUGAA